CGUUCUGUUUGGUUAGGUUUAUAAGAACCCUUGCAACCAUUUUCGCAGUAACUCGCUGCUUCCGCCGAGUGUAGAAGAAGAACAAGGAGAACGAAGCAGUUUCUGCAUCAUCAUCGCCAACAUGGUUCAAGGACGCAAAGGAGAGCGUGUUAGGCUUUAUGUCAGAGGUUCAAUUCUUGGAUACAAGAGGUCCAAGUCGAAUCAAUACCCGAAUACCUCACUGAUCCAGAUUGAGGGAGUGAACUCCAAGGAAGAGGUUGCGUGGUACGCUGGGAAGCGCAUGGCGUACAUUUACAAAGCCAAGGUAAAGCAGAAUGGAACUCACUAUCGCUGCAUUUGGGGGAAGGUUAUCAGGCCUCAUGGUAACAGCGGUGUAGUCCGCGCUAAGUUCAAGUCAAACCUGCCACCACGAUCCAUGGGUGCGAGAGUUAGAGUCUUCAUGUACCCAAGCAAUAUAUGAGAUUCUCAGUUUCCCUUGGUGCCAAUAGUGUUUGUGACUAGAAGGCGGUUGCAUUAUGCGAGCUAAAUAUUUUAGUUUCCUUGUAACUCCUGAGCAGAAUAAUUUUCUUGUUUAGGAUUGUGAUGAACCGCAUUUUUUAUCCUUCGAUCACUUUUUUUAUUAUUAAUGAAGAUUUUGAGUCUUGAUAUCACUAAAA